CUUCACUUGUGUUUAGGCAUCCGGGAAAGUUGUUUCUCUAAUAUUCUAAACCAUGUUGUUACUCCUUAUCUUGGGUGCUUGUCUUGCUUCCACGCACGCAUCUCCAGAUUGGGACUACAGAGAUACUUCCCAGUGGUGUGACAGUUUUCCGACUUGUUGUCCCUCAUCCGUUCGACAAUCUCCGAUUGACAUCAUUGAAAGCAACGCUGUCCCCCAGAGCUAUCCAACAUUUGAAGUAACUUUUGAGACUGAUGGACCUCCAAGUGCUGUGGAAGGAAUAUUAUCAAAUAAUGGUCACACAGUUCAAUGGAGCGUUGAUACGAGCAAGAACAAUAUAGAACUCGCGAAAGGACCCCUUGGCUCGGAUACUUACCAGUUAGCCCAAUUUCAUUUCCAUUGGGGACGAACCCAAAGGACCGGAUCUGAGCAUGCUCUUAACGGAAAAUUUUUUCCGGCAGAGGUCCAUUUCGUUCAUUACAAUAAGAAAUAUAACAGCCUGGCGGAAGCAGCAGGAAAAUCUGAUGGGUUGGCUGUCGUAGGAAUUUUCAUAGAGGUGGAAGAAGCCAAAUCCGUAAUUUUCCAGCCCAUUGUUGAAGCUGUUAGAGAUAUUCGGACACCAAACACUGAAGUCCUAGUGACUUUGAACUUGGAAGAGAUGCUUGGAAACGUGAACCUGGAAAAAUACACCACUUAUAAGGGAUCCCUCACGACUCCUGGGUGCAAUGAAUCUGUUACAUGGAUCAAUCUACUUACGCCGAUUUCAAUUGGCCGCACAGACCUAAAGUUCAUCCGAUUGCUCAGAGAAACUACCAACAAAGCACGAUUGGUCAACAAUUACCGCGCUCUUCAGAACAACCAACAAACCUUGUAUAUAAGGGCCAAUGUGUAAAGACUUUGAGACUUUCUAUCGUCUUGAUUUAUUUGAUAGAGAUUCGGUUUUUCAUUUCAAUGGGUUUGUUUUGGAUUUGAUUUGAAAGAAACACCGAAGAGAGAAGGAACUAUGAUUUGCGUCUGGACUGCCCGCAUUCUAAUCCGGUUUUCUGCAAGUACUUGUGAAUGUUUAAAAAUAAAGAAAUAUUCACUGAA